AUGCCGAGUGAAAAAGAAAAAUGUUUAUAUUAUCAAGAUGGUCAACAGCAAUUUAUGAUCCCAUUCGUCAUCUAUGCCGAUUUUGAAAGCCUACUAAUCCCAAUGAAAGAGAAUGCCCGGGAUACCAAGACUAAGACGUUGAAUAAGCAUGUACCAUGCGGGUGGGCCACAUACUCCACCUUUGCUUAUGGAGAAGUGUCAGAUCCGCUAGCAGUCUAUAGAGGUGAAGACUGUGUAAAGAAGUUCGUCGAUCAUCUAGAGCAUGAGAUAAAGCGACUUUACAGCACCUACCCUCAACAGAACAUGAUAUCAUUAACGGAGGACAUAGGUUGUAUCGCAGAGAAUACCGAAAAGUACAUCAGUUUUAAUGUAAAAAUUAAAGUACCCAUUGCAGGUAUGGGGUAUGGUGACGGUGAAUUUUAUAAGAAGAUCGAAAUAAGAUUCAUCAAUAGUUGUCGCUUCAUGUCCUCCUCCUUAGAAAAAUUGGCAAGCAACCUCGAUGAUGAACAAUGCAAAAAUCUCCGUAGGUAUUUCACUAAGGAUGACACCUUUAAGCUCAUGCGAUGCAAAGGAAUAUACCCAUAUUCAUAUAUGAAUACUUGGAAACGAUUCGAGGAGACUGAGCUGCCAUCGAAGGAUUCCUUCUAUAGCAAUUUAAACAUGAAUGGUAUAAGCGAUCAUGACUAUGAGCACGCUCAAAAAUUCCGAAAUUUUCGGGGAGUCUGCCAGAAUCAAUACAAAUUCGACCCUGCCCAUUUCUACAGCGCCCCAGGCCUGGCCUGGAAGGCAGCACUCAAAUACACGGGUGUAAGGCUUGAACUUUUAACUGAUCCGGAUAUGUUGCUCCUCUUCGAACGAGGAAUACGAGGUGGUAUAACCCAGGCUGUACACCGAUAUGCCAAGGCGAAUAACAAAUAUAUGGGGGACCAAUAUGACCCUGAUAAUGAGUCGUCAUACUUGCAGUACCUCGAUACCAACAACCUAUACGGUUGGGCCGUGCGUCAAAAUCUGCCAACUAAUGGAUUCAAAUGGAUAUCAAAUGUAGAGGUAAUCGAUGAAAAAAAGAUAGAUAAACUCGUCGCUGACAACAAUCACGGCUAUUUAUUGGAGGUUGAUAUCAACUACCCAAAGAGCCUACAUGAUAAACACAAUCAGCUGCCUUUCCUGCUGGAGCGUAGGAUGAUUCAUAGAGUUGAAAAGCUUAUACCAAAUCUUGAGAGUAAACAGAAAUAUGUGGUACACAUCGGAGCUCUUCACCAAGCCCUAAAGCAUGGGCUCGAGCUUAAGAAGGUUCACCGCGCUAUCCACUUUCAACAUAGUGCCUGGCUCCGGGAGUAUAUAGAUCACAACACAAAGCUGAGAACUGCCGCCAAGAAAGAGUUCGAGAAGGAUUUUUAUAAGCUUAUGAAUUUGAGCGUGUUCGGGAAAACUAUGGAGAAUAUCAGGAACCAUAGAAAUAUCAAGUUAGUCACGAAUGAAGCCGCAUAUACAAAACUCACCAUGCAACCAAACUUUAAAAGCGGCAUAAGUUUUAGUGAAUACCUCAUGGGUAUUGAGAUGGGUAGAACGGGAAUCAAAAUGAAUAAGCCGAUUUAUAUAGAUUUUUAUCACGAUAUUGCCGAUGAUGUGGAAACACGUUUUGACACGAGUGCUUAUGACAAUAAUGACAACAGACCCCUGCCCAUCGGGAAAACAAGAAGAUCGUUGGGUUAUUCAAGGAUGAGCUCGGUGAAGAGCCUCACAAAAGACGGCGGUGAUCGAAAGGCCAAGGGUGUAAAACGUGCUGUUACCAAAAAAUGUAUAACUUUCGAAGAUUAUCAACGAUGUCUGAAGGAAGGUAUUGAUAUUAAUAAAACAUGGAGGUGUAUUCAGAAUAAAGGCCAUAAUAUAUACACUCAGGAAGUGAAUAAAAUUGCCCUUAAUGCUGCUGAUGAUAACCGGGUCGUUCAGGUGGAUUAA